UUGGUUUCGCUACUGUCCGUGAUAAUGGUUUUAAUUUUUUUUAUUACUUUUUUAACAUAACUUGUACGUGAAAGUUAAAAAAGUUUUUCAAAGUUGAGUACUGGUAGUGUUAGUUGUGUUAAACAUUGUUUAUAAAAAGUUUUGUGAUAUUUGAAAAGUUCGGACAAAGUUUUCUAGUUGGGAGUGGCGGUGUGUGUGUGUUGUCAUGUCUAAGAAAGUUGGUAUCAUCACAGAAACUUGAUUGAAAACAGAUCAUCCGUGUGGGAUAAUCUUGUGGGAAAAUGGAGCCCAGUUGUGUAGAUGAGCGGGAGGACGUACAAAAGAAGACAUUCGCUAAAUGGAUAAAUUCACAACUCGCAAAGCACGGCAAGCCGCUCGUAGAAGAUCUGUUUCAAGAUCUACGAGAUGGAGAAGUUCUGCUGGCACUCCUCGAGAUUCUCACCGCGCAACAGUUUAAACGUGAACGAGGACGCAUGCGUGUUCACCACCUCAAUAAUGUAAAUGCAGCUUUACGCGCGCUCGCGACUGCCGGCGUCCGUCUCGUCAACAUCAGUAGCGGAGAUAUCGUGGAUGGCAACCCUAAACUGAUACUAGGAUUGGUGUGGAGUAUUAUUUUGCACUGGCAAGUUCAUUAUCACUUGAAAGAGUUGAUGUCGGAAUUGCAGCAGACGAAUCUUGAGAAGACAUUGUUAGCCUGGUGCCGGACUCAUACACAAAAUUAUAUGGGCGUUAAAGUUGAGAACUUCACAUCAUCAUGGUCAGAUGGACUUGCAUUCAACGCUUUGCUUCAUCGCUGGAGACCGCAGCUGUUUGACUACUCCAGCUUACUCAACAUGACACCAGCUCAGAGACUGGAACACGCGUUUGCGCUUGCCCAACGUCACCUCUCAAUUGACCAGCUAUUAGAUCCUGAAGAUGUAAACACACCAAAUCCUGACAAGAAAUCAAUAAUGAUGUAUGUGAUGUGCUUAUUCCAAUCUCUACCUCACUCGAACGAUGACAUGGAACCCGCUGAGCAUGUGGAAGGCACGGAGCACGGCGUGGGACAGUCUGCUGAUAUGGACGAGCCAGCUAGUCCUACCGAUGUACUUGGUGGAGGAAGCGCAGCGGUGUCUCGUCCGGUAUCCGUGGCUACCACGUGCUCGGUGGAGCUUGGUGCUUACGGUGCUGCAUUAGAGGACGCACUCGCAGCCCUACUCGACGGUGAAGAACGUUUGCACGCGUCACCACUACCGGAGGAGAGCGAAGCAGACCAGCCUGGUGCUUACCUAGCAGCACUUAAAGAACAUUUCCAUUCUCAUGAGAAAUUCCUGCUGGAGCUGUCGGAGCAGCAGUGCCGCGUGGGCGCCGUGCUGGACGAGGGCGCGCGCCUCGUGCGCGACCAGGCGCUGUCCAGGGACGAGGCCAACGAGGUCCGUCUCCAGAUGCGCCUGCUGAACCAGCGCUGGGAGCAGCUGCGGCUGGGAGCCAUGGACAAACAGGCACGCGUGCAUCGCGCUCUCAUGCGCGCGCAACAUCGGCAGCUCAACGCUUUUCGACAAUGGCUGACGGCGACGGAGGACCGCAUGUCGCGCAUGGAAGCUGCUCACGAGCAGCCGAGAGCAGCGCUGGAGAGCACGCGCGCGCUGCACGCAGACCUGCGCCGCCAGCAGCCGCUCGUCGACGCGCUCGCCGACUGCGUGCUCGUGGUGGACGACGACGACGCGCACGACGCCAGCGUGUCGGAGAUAGAAGAUCAGCUUAGAGCGUUGGGUGAGCGCUGGUCGCACGCGUGCCAAUGGACCCUCGCGCGACUCGAGCGCUUGCAGCGCUGCAACGCUAUGGAACAGCAGGAAGCACAGCUGCGUACUGACAUCCAUCAACUAGAGACAGACCUCAAACAGAUGGAAGCGUACCCAGCAAGCGAGAUCGGUGAAGUGCUAGAGCGAAUAUCAGCCCUACAGCGCUGUAGCGCAUCUCUUAUAGCUCAGCGACACGGUUUAACGGAGUUACUGCAGCAGCUACAAGGGAUAGAGGGCGCAGAAGAGCUUGCGGACAGUGCUGAUGAGUUACAUGAUAGACUUGAGGCGUUGGAGCUCAUAUUGCGUGUACAGGCGGACCGGAUCAAGGAAUUAGGUUUCGAGUUCGAUAUUACGAUGACGGAGGAAAGCGCCGGAGGUACAAGUACUAUCACCACGACCAGCACCGUUACCACGACAUUAGAUCUUGACCAUCGGACGAAGAAGCCGCGUCUUAGUGACAAGUCCAGUUCAGAUUUUCAGAUUGGUUACAAAGUGUUCGACAACUGGGCAGAGACGACGGAAAAGGCGCUGAGCGAAUGUUUGCGGUCACUAAGCGAGUGCUCCAGCGAAUCGUCCCGCGAGACUGCCAGGGCUUUACUCCAGCGAGUGCAACGCGAAAGCGAGGAGCAGCGCGCUGAUUUCGCUAAUGUGGAGGAAAUACAACGCAGACUUGCUGCUGAUGUGUCGCUUCGAGAGGAAGCCAAAUUACACGCGGACAGCAUCGAAGAACUAAAGAAACGAUGGGAGGCGAUACAGAAGACGCUUCUUGAAAUACGAAACAUGAUGAACCUCUUGGAAGAUAAAGAGAACUUCUACAAGAACGUAGAAGCCUUACAGAGAGAAAUUGACGACGUCCACACGUGGAAAGACAAAAUGCUUAAGGAACCAGCGACGAACAAUCAGCUAAUACACUUACGAAACAAAAUACGCGCGGUUAAACAGCUCGAAAUGAAAUUGAAAGAAUUGAACGCGCAAUCGAUUAUAUUACUCACGAAGUCGAUAUCAAAAUCGCACAAGGACGAAAUCGAGAGAGACACGAAACGAAUAAACGAAUCAUUCGAAGAGUUACUUCUAUAUUUAAGUAAGAGAGAAGUAGAAAUCAAGAUUGCUCUCAAUAAGAGAGUUCCAACACUCCAGAGUGACGAAGAAUACAAGGUCGUGCAAAGGAAAAUACAGGAUAUGGAAUCGCAGAUUAUCAGUGAACACGCGAUAAUAUCGUCCAAGGAGGACAUGGGGAGGAAGCUCGAGGAGUUGAAGCUGAUGCGCCGGCAGUUCGACGACCUGCAGACCUCGUACGACGCGGUUGUGAAGGAGAAACGCGAGAAGUACGAGAAAGGAAGCGUUCAGGAAUUAAAUCUGAGGAGUAGCGUCGAGAAUCUAGUCAUGAGGUUCUCAGAUUCUAAAACUAUUCUCGAGCAGAAAAUUAAUAAGUUAGAGAAAGGUAUUGAGCUUGUGGAGAAGUUGGAAAGAGAGCAGAGUGAGUUGAAUCAGUGGCUGGAUGGUGUGCAGACAUUCGUGGAUGGAAACUCCGUGGUGUCCAUAGGCGAUGUUGCAGAGCUGGAGAAACUACUGGAAACUAGUAACAAAUACGACGAACAAAAAUCUAACUACAAAGCGUUACUAGAAAGCAUUGAAGCUACAAAAGAAACAAUACUCGAAGACUGCGAUGACAGUUUAUCGAAACAACUGAAAUCCGGUAAAGAUCUACGUAAACGCUACGAAACCGCUACAGAGUCAUCUCUCAAACUCAAUGAGAGCUUACGACGAGCGUUAGAGAAGACGGAAGGUUUGAUACGACGUAUCGACGAAAUGGAGGAGUGGCUUGUGAAGAUCGAAGAUGAAAUGCCGAAGGAAGACGAGUGUAACAUAUCGGAUUCGGCCGAACUGUAUCAGAUGAAGACACGGUUCCAGGCGCUGAAGGACAAGUGCGAUGAGAAAACGCCAGAUUUCAGGAAUCUGAAUGAAGACGGCAACGAGGCGCUGCUGUCGGCGGAGCGCGCGCCGGCGCUGGCGCGGCGCCUCACGCAGCUCAACGCGGGCUGGACGCGCGCCACGCACUCCGUGUACGAGCGGUACAAGGUGCUGGCGGAGGCGUGGCACGAGUCGGGCGAGUUGCGCGCGUGGCUGGCGCAGCAGGCGGCGUGGCUGGACGGGCUGCAGCGCCGCCUCACGCGGGAGAGACGCGCGCGCGCCGACGCAGAGGAUAUCUCUGACGAGCUAUACGAUUUGGAGAACUACGUGUCCAAUCGAAGCGAGGAACGUAUGAGUCGCAUAGAGGCGGUCGGCCGUCAGCUCGCAGACGCGCACAUCAUGCCCAACUGGAUACGAGCGGAGAUCGACGCGCUUUCCCAGCGGUGGGAAACGCUGCAGCAACAGGCGGCGGCGCGCACGGCCGAGCUGGAGGCGGAGGCGCGCGAGGCGGCGCGCUGCGAGGUGUCGCUCGACAACCUGCAGCAGUGGCUGCUCGCGCUGCGCCAGCGGGCGCUGCUCGACGACCCCGUGCCCGCCGACCAGCUGGCGGCCGAGUUUACUGCUCAGCGCGGUGUGCUGCAGGAGGUGGAGCAGCAGGUGCAGGCGUACCGAGAGGCCGGCAAGCAGGAGGCCGCCGAUCGACUGCGCGACCAGUUGCAACUCGCGGAGCGGAAUCUCAACGAAGCGGAGGAGCAGUUCCUCGAGCCGAAGCGCUCGCCGACACUCGCGGAGGCGGAGGGCGGCGAGGCGGGCGGCGAGGCGGGCGGCGCGGAGGGCGGCGAGGCGGCGCGGCUGGCGCGGCGGCUGGCGCGCGCGGGCGACGCGCUGCGGGAGGUGCAGCGCGGGGCCGCCGCCGCGCUGCCGCUGCGCGCGCCCGACCCCGACGCCGUGCGCGCGCAGCUGCGCACCUGCCUGAGAUUUUACCGGACUCUAAGCGAAAUUAAAUCCGAAGUUGAAUCAAUAAUCAAAACCGGUCGGAAGAUGGUCGAAGAGAAAGCUGUACCAGAGCCGCAGGAGUUCUCCAAAAAAAUAGACAUGUUAAAGGAAUUGUACAACAAACUUGGUGCACAUGUAACCGAAUCGAAGACUAAAUUAGAGACGGCUUUGCUUACCGCGCGGGAGAUACAAAACGACCUGCAAUCCCUGACCUCCUGGCUCCAAGGUUUAGGAAAUGUCGGGAAGCAGACACUCGAACUAGAAAUGUCCCGAAUGGAAGCAAUCAAAGACAAACUCAACGCUAACUAUGUUGAAUUCGCAAAAGGUUCCGACCCAGUCUAUCUAGCAAGUCUACGUGAACAAAUCGAUGAUAUUAACACACGAUGGAAUAAUUUGAAACGCCACGGCUUAGGUAAGAAGGAAACUGAGCUAGAAAGUCUUCAGAGAUACUUGAAUGAUAUAGACCAAGAGUUAGACAGUCCAGAAACAAUGUCCGCGGCGAAAUUGAAGCUUCUGAAAACAGAAGUACGUUUGAAGGCGGCUGAAGUGGAAUCAAUCGAUAAUAAGGCGUUGUCGAAACAGUGGGAGAGAAUAUUAGAGAAAAUAACCGCCGAAAAAGUCACAGAUGACAAUGAUGCGGCAGUUGUCGAAUAUGAGAAUGUGACAGAUACUAUCAAGAGACGUUUAGAGAGUCCAAUCAACUCGCCUGAGAGUGAGAAACCAGAGUUCAAGAAGUCUAGAAUACCCUUGGCUCUGAAGAGCCCCGUGCCAAUAAAGAAAGAAGUUAAGGAAGGCGGUAAUAGGAGUAGAGGUUCUUCGUUGGAGAGACGUAACAAGAAAGCCGGCAGUCCUAUGACAGAUAGUAUCACAAGCACCAUGUCCACUGACUCAAUUGAAGGAUCAAUUUCUAUAAUGGGUUCAUUACCGUCAACACCUGAAACGCCACGCAAAGACAGUAGCACUUUCAAUCUUCUACAAGACAGUGACUUAUUUACGCAAAUAUCUAAAAAUAAAAUCGAGCCGAAAUUGCCGGCACUACAGGGUAAGACGUCUAAGCCGGAUCCGUUCCACGUCGUUGAAGUGAAGGAACAUGAGAUCGUAAAGUCGACUGUUAGUCCAGUGGAACCGAUGGAGAUAUAUCCAUCGGAUGCAGUUGAAACUGUUGUCGAGUUUAUUCCGCAAACUGUGGAAACGGUUGAGAUUUUAGACGAUACAGAAGGGGAAUCCAUUGAAGAAUCGGACGAUGAUAAACCUGAUUCCAAACGGAAUUCAGUCGAUUUAGGUUCAGAACCGAAGACAUUCGUCGUUGAAGUUAAAACACUCGAUCAAAGAAUGAAGCCAACACUAGGCAUACUUAAAAGAAGAAGUGGUUUUAAUGAAGAAAGAUCUAAAGUGAUGAAGGUGACUUUGGACGUACCAGAUUUAAUACCGUUUUCUGAUAAGGAUCAAGAUGUUUCGAUGAGUACACCACCAUCUACACCAGCAGGAGUAGAAGCUAAAGAGUGUCCUUUAUUAUACGAUUUGGUGGCAAGACAAAAGGAAGCCCAGAAACAUUUAAUGAGGGAUGAGGUUAACGAAUAUUUGAUACUGGAUGAGGUACCUAAAGAUCAAGCAGCAUUACCUGAGCCCUCUGCGACCGUUACCUUUGCCAGUGAAGAUGAAACAUUAAAGAAAGAAGAUGGUGGAAACAAACCCGAAAAACUUAAAAGCCAAUCGUCUAACAGUGAUGUGGAUGAAGCCAUAUAUUCAGAAGUUGAAGACACUCAACAGGUUCGUCUCUCUGCAUCAGAAUUCGAUGUUAAAGAGCCACUGUCAACAUCGACACCAAUUAAAGAAGAUAAAAAUAAGAAGCAGGUUCACGUCGUUGCCAUGUCUCCGAAGCCCGCGCAAGAUGAAGAACAAGAAGACGUUCCUCCUUCGCCGAAAUCCAGGGCUUCAGCGAGUCCAUUGUUCGGUCUGAAGUCACAAAUACCCGUCACCAAAGAUAAGAAAAUUACAAAUGAAAAAUAUCAGCGGACUGAUGAUUACGCUCAAAUAUCGGAUAUAACCGAGAGUUCACCGGAGACAGACGACGCGAGCGAAUCGACCGAUCGUCCAGCGCCCUCGGAGCUGAAAAGUCGGUUUCCGAAUGCGUGUGACGAGGAGUUGGAGCAGUUCUCGAGUGAGGCGGAGCGGAUGGCGCGACGCAUGCACGUUAUGCUGCUAACCGUGGGGGGAGUGGCCAGCGAGCGAGACCCCGCCAAGAGGCUGGAGAUAUUAAAGAACCAGUUGGGCUCUGUAGCGCCGGAUGCAGCAGCACUGAUAUCGCGCGGCGACAGCCUCGUCUACAAAAAACACAAGGACAAUCCACAACUAGCGGAAUAUUUGCAGACCCAUUACCAAGACAAGUUAAGAAACAAAUGGUCUAUAGUGAUGUCGGAAAUCGAAACGAAACGCAACGCGGCCCUCAAAGCCGAGGACGACGUGAAGGAAUUGAACACCUUGAUCGAGAGCACGCAGAAAUGGAGCAAAGACUUCGAAGUCAAGAUUAAAAACGGAGGGGAUGGCAUGAAGGAGGAGUUGAUCGAUCGGGUGAACGAUUUAGAACGUAUACACGAUUUGUGCAGGGAGUUACGUGUGCAAAGGGUUACGUUCCCGGAGAGGGCUGCCAGUGAUGUCGGUGUGGUGUUCAAUAGGAUACGAGACGCUUAUGAAGCAACAGUGCCUAAGAAGGAUAGAAAGAAAACGGAGAGCAACGAGGCGCGCAACGGCGAGUUCGUGACGCGCGCCAACCGCGCGCGCGAGGCCGUCGCGGCCGCGCUGGGCGCGCUGCGGGCGGCGCCGCUGGGCGCGCGCGACUACGACGACUUCCCGCUGCAGCAGGACGCGCUCGCGAGAAUAAAAGCGUCAAUGGAAGACAUCCAGGUGUCCGUGGAUGAUAUCGAAAACUCAUACUCCUUUGCAUCUCGGAAGACCGCGAGCGAGCAAGUUAAACGCGUGCGAGACAAACUGCGCGCCGAGUGGACUGCAUUGCUCGAAGCUUAUAAGGAGAGGCACGACAGGUGGUCACGUUGCCAGUCAUCAUGGGCGGCACUCUAUGCGGCAUUAGAAAAGGGGGGAGAAGCAUUGGAUGCACUGGAACGAGACCUGGAUGCAGCUGCGAAUGGGAAUGUCACACAACAACAGCUGGAAGAUUUGGAUAAACAGGUGCGCGCCCGGCAGCGCGAGGCCAACGAGAUCAGCGCGCUCGGGCGCGUCGUGCUGCGCGCGUGCGGGGGCGCGCUCGCGGCCGCCGUGCGCGACCAGCUCGACGCGCACACGCUGCGCGCGCGCCACGCCGCCCGCCACCGAUUCUCCGAAGCCACUAAGAACAACAAUUCAGUUGGUGCGAUUAGUGCGGGUAAUGGGGGUGCUGCGGAGUCCGCUCUCCGCAGUGUGCGCGAGUUGCUGCUCACGACGAGCGCGAACCCCUCCGACCACACCAGUCUGGCCAUACGACUCAGUCUCGUAAAAGCCCGUGAGGAAGAGCUUGGUCGCGCGGCGCGUGAAGCGGAGACGCAGCUGCGCGCGCACGACGCGCCCGACUCGCAGGACGCACGACGCUUACGCAACGUUCGCGACGAGUUAGAGAAGGCGCAAACAAGUCUGUCAGCUCACGGCGAAUACGUAAAGAGCAAACUGACCGCAUUGGGCAAGUACACGACGCGGUUGGACGCAGCACUCGCCUGGGCCAUGGAGACACGUGCGCGACUCGCUCUAGCAGACGAUCUGCCAACCGCCUCUCAACCGGAUUUGGACACAAUAAUAAAAGACAAAGAAACGGAAAUCCGCGAAGUUCUCGAAAAUUACAACAACAUAGAACGCGAAUGUGUCGCAGCGAAGCAAACCGUAUCACCCGAAGUCCGAGAACGAGUUCUCAAGCUAAAAGAAGACUGGGCAUUCAUUCGAGAUACUUCUAAAAAAACACAAGAGGUCCCAGUUCGGGCGCCAUCCACACCCCGUGCUUCUGUGGAGCGACAGACGGACGGUGACAAGACAGAUUCGCAGCUCGAGUGGAGCGCGCGGGUAGGGUCACGGCGUCAAUCGGCGCAGGGCUCGCCCGCCGCGCUGCUCGCGCACUUCGAUACCAGCGUACUUCAGAUUCGUGACUGGUUGUCGGUUGAAGUGGAUAUGCUGCGCGCGCAACCUGUCGCCGUUGGCGACGUAGACGACAUCAUGCAACAGCUGGACAAACAAAAGGGUGUGCUCAGAGAGCUUGAACAAAAGAAACCACAGCUGGACGAGCUUCUCCACACGGCUGAGAGCUUAAAAGGCACCGAAAAUAGGCAACAGCUUCAUGGCAAAGAUAUAACCGGAUUUCCUGUGUCAAAGACAAGCCCACAGUUGUUACACUUAAGGUCACUGUUGAAAGUAACCGCACUAAGAGAACACUGGGAUGAGGCAAACGCGCGUGUUCUACAGCGAAAAGCUCAGCUGGAUGCGAUGCUCGGUGACUCUCAGCGUUACGAAGCGAGGCGGCGUGAUGCAGAUGCAUGGCUCACACGAAUGGAGACACGCUUGGCCAGCAUGACUGCACCCGGACACACUGCUGAUGUUCUCGAGAUGCAGCUGAGAGAACAGAAGUCAUUCCACGCCGAAGUACACCAAUAUAAGCAUCAAAUCGAACUCUUCGGCCAGCUGACGCAGCGCCUCAUUGCGGUCUAUAGAAACGAUGACACAACGCGUAUCAAACGCGCUACCGAAUCAAUAAACCAUCGUUAUAACGAACUGAACAAUAGUAUUGUGGCUCGCGGAAAAGCAUUACAUUCUGCGGUUUCGUCGCUACAAAAUUUCGAUCGUUCUUUGGAGAAUUUCGUGGCUUGGCUGAGUGAAGCGGAGUCAUUGCUGGAUGCAGCUGAGCGAGAUCCUCAUUUGCUCAAGGACUUACAGUCGGAAAUCGAAACACAUCGCGAUGUAUACGCAUCGCUCACGGGAACCGGGCGGCGAUUGCUCGGGUCCCUGUCAUCCCAAGAAGACGCAGUUAUGCUGCAAAGGAGACUGGACGAGAUGAAUCAGAGAUGGCAUCAUUUAAAGGCGAAGAGUAUGGCUAUCAGGAAUCGUCUGGAAAGCAAUGCAGAACAUUGGUCGGCGUUGCUGUUAUCAUUACGAGAACUAACCGAGUGGGUUAUACGCAAAGAGACUGAAUUAAACGCGCUCGCACCGCCACGGGGCGACCUUAACGCUCUCAUCAAACAACAGGAUGAUCACCGAGCAUUCAGACGGCAGUUAGAAGACAAGAGGCCAGUUGUUGAGAGCAACCUCCUCAGUGGAAGGCAGUACGUAGCCAACGAGCCUCCGCUCUCCGACACUAGCGACACGGAACUGAGCAGAGACAGCGAAGGUGAUUCGCGAGGCUAUCGCACAGCGGAGGAACAGGCGCGGGAGCUGUCCAGGUCGAUUCGCAGAGAAGUCGCCAAGUUAGCUGAUAAAUGGAACACGCUGGUGGACAGGAGCGACGCGUGGGGACGGUGCUUGGAUGACGCUGUACAGCGUGUCCGUACAUUCACAACAUCGCUCGACGAGUUAGCAUCGCGCGUGCAAACAGCAGAGGCUGCUCGCGCAUCAUGGCGUGCGCCCGGCGAUGCUCGGGAUGCGCGCGCGCAGCUCGAUGCUGUUUCGCGUGCACGGGCCCAGCUUCCGCCGCUGAAGAGAUUGGUAGACGAGCUGAGAGCUCAAACACAGGCGAUGGCGAGGGAUAAUAUCCAAUUGCCUGAACAUUUAGUUGCGAGACUCGAGGAUUUAAAUACGAGAGUAUCCGGUUUAAGUGCCGGUGGCGAAGAGCGCGCACGCCAGCUCGCUGGAGUAGCCAGGGAUGGAGGAGCGGGAGCGGCUCAGGGAUUCCUAGCUGGCUCUGUCCGCACACCCUGGGAGCGGGCUGUCACUCCGGCCAACGUACCAUAUUAUAUUAACCACGAACUUGAAACGACGCACUGGGAUCAUCCAAAGAUGAUCGAACUGAUGAACUCCCUGGCCGAUCUGAACGAAGUACGCUUCUCCGCUUACAGAACUGCUCUCAAACUGAGAACUGUCCAGACAGCUUUAUGUAUGCAUAUGCUGCAAUUACCUGCGGCUCUCGAAUCAUUUGAUUCUCACGGACUCCGAGCUCAAAACGAUCGCCUCAUCGAUAUUCCUGAUAUGAUCACCGUGCUUACAUCCUUAUAUGAGGUCAUAGCAGCAGAAAAUCCAAGUCUAGUGAAUGUUCCACUCUGUCUAGACCUGUCCAUCAACUGGUUGCUUAAUGUCUAUGACAGUCAGCGAACCGGCCAGAUCAGGGUGUUAAGUUUCAAGGUCGGAUUGGUGUUGCUCUGUAAAGGACACUUGGAGGAGAAAUAUAGGUAUUUAUUCCGAUUGAUUGCUGAUCCAUCUUGCCGCGCUGACCAAAGAAAAUUAGGACUACUUCUACACGAUUGUAUACAAGUUCCGAGACAGUUAGGAGAAGUUGCGGCAUUUGGUGGUUCUAACAUAGAGCCCUCAGUGAGGAGCUGCUUCGAACAAGCAUCUGUUGCUACGAAGGAGGGUAACAGAGGAAGUACGCUUGAUAGAAAAGCAGUUGAAAAAGAGAAGGAAAAAGAAGACACCAAAGAGAAGACAUUAGAGAGAGACGCAGAUGGCCAGCUUCAAUUUAUAGAGGCAUUCCACUUCCUCCAAUGGCUGCAGAAAGAGCCACAGUCAAUGGUCUGGCUGCCGGUACUACACAGACUUGCUGCUGCAGAAAGUGCGAAACACCAGGCCAAAUGUAAUAUUUGUAAAGAAUAUCCAAUUGUUGGAUUUAGAUACCGCUGUUUAAAAUGUUUCAACUUCGAUAUGUGUCAGAAAUGCUUCUUCAACGGUCGUAAAGCCAAAAAUCAUAAGCUGACACAUCCUAUGCAAGAAUACUGCACAGCUACAACGUCAGGAGAAGAUGUACGUGACUUCACGAGAGCUCUUCGUAAUAAAUUCAAAUCGGCGAGAUACUUUAAGAAACACCCUAGAGUUGGGUACUUGCCGGUUCAGACUGUGCUCGAAGGAGACGCGCUGGAGUCCCCCGCGCCGUCCCCGCAGCACGGCGCGGGCGCGGGCGCGGGCGCCGACGACAUGCACUCGCGCCUCGAGCUGUACGCCACGCGCCUCGCGCAGGUCGAGCUGGGCGCGCGCGCCGCCGACACCCCCGACAGCGAUGAAGAACACGCCCUCAUCGCUCAGUAUUGUGCUUCCCUAAACGGAGCUUCAGAGGGUGUCGAUGGGGAAGGUGACGGCGAGGACGCGCCGCGCUCUCCCGUGCACGUCGUAUCUGUUAUCCAUCGGGAACAACGACACGAGCUGGAGGCCAUGAUCAGAGAGCUAGAAGAAGAAAACGCAAGUCUUCAAGCAGAGUACGAACGGCUCAAGGCCAAACAAACUCCAGGCUCCACUCCUGAAGAACAGCAUGCGGUUACCGACAACAGGAAUGCGCCUGUUGAUCAGGAUAUGAUGGCAGAAGCGCGUCUCCUCCGGCAGCAUAAGGGAAGGUUGGAAGCUCGCAUGCAGAUCUUGGAAGAACAUAACCGUCAACUGGAGGCACAGCUGCAACGCUUACGUAGACUACUGGAUGAGCCGGGCGCGGCGCAGGGCUCGCCGGGCGCGCGCACGGGCACGCUGCAGACGCGCUCCGUCACCGCCUCGCAGCUCGCCACCGACUCGCCCGCCAAGCUGCACAACGGCCUCUACCACGACACCAAUGGCGGUCGUGCUGAGAGGGAGACGCGCGAACUGGAGCGCCCGCCACCGCCGCCGCACGCCGUGCAUUCGCUCAUGCACUGCGCAGAUGACCUUGGCCGAGCUGUUGAAGAAUUAGUAUCAGUUAUGACGGAGGAUCAAAAUCAGAAUUCCAACGCACCUCCUCAAUAUACCAACGGGAAACAAGAAGACAAAGAAAAAUAGGUUUCUCCUUCGAAAACAUUCGAUCCGACGCGCUAUGGUGCUGAAGCGGGCAAAUGUUACCAGUAUUAAAAUAGUGGUAGCAAUUUGUAACCGAUUCUUAUAUCGCUUCGGCAACACUGUUGAAUUACUUACCAAAGAUUGCUUUACUGUACACCUGUAUUAAUAUUUAUAUGCACAAUAAGACUUUAUUUCUCAGGUUAUUUUUAAAUAUAUUUAUCGAUAAUUACGGUAACCGUUUACUAAUUUUCGACUCAUCACUAACAAUACCUGCACGUGCUUGUCUGUACAAACUAUACAAGAGCUAACUUCAUUACCAUAACACUAAUAUCGAACCGAGCUUCCUAUUUUACACUUGGCAUUUAACGGGUCACGGGAAUUUAAUCCUUAGGAUCGGAGCCACAAGUUGAUCAGUUCCUAAGCUGAACAAUUGAUGAUAGCUACGGUUUCGUAGAAACGAUAUUCGUAUGCAACGCUUAUUGUAUAGAUAAGGGCAUGCCUUUGUUGCAGUACGUAUCGUGAUUGAGUCCUAACCUUGUUUUUUAUAUUAUAUUUUUAUUUGGUAACUCAGCAAUGCUGUCGAAGCGAAGAAAGCGAUUCAACGAAAAAGACAAUGUAAAGAGCAUUUACACUUUAUUAAAUUGUACCAAAUUUAUCAAUACUUGAUAAAAAAAAACUGUUUAUUAAUUAUUUAAGUACAUAUCUAUUAGUACAAUUUCAAUUUCAUAUCACUUCUUGUAAAUUUUCAUAUCAUUUUUGCUGUGUAAAAAAUCUGACAUAUGUAUAAAAUGUCAUGAAAAAUUUAAGCGCGAACGCCUCCAUUUUUAAUCAGAAUUUGAUAUCGAAAAUUUUUCUAAGGCAGCUUAUAAAGGGCUAAAAGCUUUAAAUAUAUCACAAUGUUAGCUUUAAUAUACCCUGUGUUGACAUAUUGAAUGCAAUCCGGUAAUGACUUUACCGUUUCGAUGAGAGGGCCUACGUUCUAGUGGAAAGUGUAUCGUUAAUAGAUGAAGUACCCGUUAUCAACGUAUAAUAUUAUGUCAUUAAAAAAUGGCAGUAGUUAAAGAAUUCGUUAAACGGUUUUUACAGUAGUAUUAGAUGUAGCCAAAUAAAUAUCGAGCAUGUUAUUUAUGUGCAUAUUGUAUGUUACAUAAUUAUAUCGAGUUAUCAAAAAAAAAAAUGUAUCGUUAGAUGAAAAUAUGAAUAAUCCAGCUUCUAUUCAUUAGUCAUUUUCUGUUACCUAUCGAGGGUCUGACAUAGUAGGAACUCUUCUUAGCGAAUAUGAAAACAUAUAACCAAACUUUUUCACUAUUACAAAGGCAUAACACUUGACCUUUCUUUCUAGUUACUAUAUAUGGGAUGUGACAUUUUCUGUCUCAUUCGUACGUUUGGAUAUUUUGUAAUGUGUCUACUUAUAAGAUAAUGCCUACCUUUUUAGAUAAGAUUAUAUCGGAGAGAUGACUUUUAUACGAAUGUUAAGUAACUGUUGACGCUAACUUUACAAUAAGUACUUCCAAUUAACCAUAUCACGUUUCGUUUAAAUUUGGCCAAUAUUCUUUAUAUUGUUCAUCGAUAUUAAUAUUCCAUUUUACAAUUUUAGUGUAUGAAAUAUUUGUAUUCUGGAUUAUUAUAUCUGUGACCACAAUUAUGUAUUUUUUUUAAAUGGCAACUCGUUAUUAUUCCGUUUCGUUUUAUAACGAAUAAUCCUAGUUUUAAUUUGGCUAAUAUAGAUUUUAAGAAUACGAAAAGCACAAUUUAUUACUUAUCGAAUGGAAAAUUAUUAUUAAAUCAACACUAAUAUAUUGUUAAUAAUUUUAAUGUAUUUGUUUAACGUGUAGGACGAGUCUUAUUUUUUGUUUUUUUUAAUAUUGGCAAAGUUAUAUAAAAUAUACUACUUCCGCAUUUAUUUGUAUAUUUUACUGUGUUUAUAAUGUUUUAGAAGUUAAAUCCAAAUAAACGUUCUGCAUAGUAA